AUGUGUUUACAAAAUUGGAUGAUGGAAGACAUAAAAGGUUCUUUGGAAGAUGUUUAUGCUUGCUCCAUAGUAAUUGAUGAUUCGGAUGUUGAUGUAGAACAACAAAUAGAUGCGAUUCAACUACUUGGAGUUGAGACUGUUCCAGUGCUUGUUGGUCCAGUGUCUUACUUGUUGUCAUCAAAGCUAGCCAAGGGAACUAAUAUGUCCUUCCCUCUUCUAUCCUUGCUUCACAAAAUUCUUCCUGAGGUGAUAUCUGAACAUAAGGCUGCCGCAGCGGCAUAUAAAAAUCUUCUUUCAUUGAAGGGUGUAACUGCGUUUGGAUUUGAUCUUGUUCGUGGCACAAAGAUCCUUGAUUUAUUAAAGGCUGUAUUUCCUUCUGGAAAGUGUGCUAUUGAGAGCAUUGUUGGAAAAGAGAAGCUUGUUGUGUCUACUUCAUGCUCUCUUCUCCACACUGCUGUUGAUCUGGUGAACGAGACCAAGUUAGACACAGAGCUCAAGUCAUGGUUUGCUUUUGCUGCUCAGAAGAUUGUUGAGGUGAAUGCUUUGGCUAGAGCAUUGUCUGGUGAGAAUCAGGGUUCUCCAAAUGCUGCUGCACAAGCUUCAAGGAAAUCAUCUCCCAGAGUGACAAAUGAGGCUGCUGCCUUGAGAAGAUCAGAUCAUCACCGUGCCACAAAUGUGAGUACGAGGUUGGAGGCACAACAAAAGAAGUUAAAUCUUCCACUCUUACCUACCACCACAAUUGGUCCUUUCCCUCAUACCAUGGAUCUCAGAAGAGUUCGUCUUGGAUUCACGGCUAGCAGGAUCUCUGAGGAAGAGUAUGUUAAGGCUAUUAAGGAGGAGAUUAAGAAGGUUGUCGAACUCCAAGAAGAGUUUGACAUAGAUGUUUUGGUUCAUGGAGGACCAGAAAGGAAUGAUAUGGUUGAGUACUUUGGGGAGAAACUAUCUGGAAUUGCCCUCACUGUUAAUGGGUGGGUCCAUUCUCUUGGGUCUCAUUGUGUCAAGUCUCUCAUCAUCUAUGGUGAUGUAAGUCACCCAAAGCCCAUGACUGUAUUCUGGUCGACAAUGGCUCAGAGCUUGACCAAACGGCCCAUGAAGGGAAUGCUUACUGGCCCAGUUACAAUUUUGAACUGGUCAUUUGUCCGAAAUGAUCAACCUAGGUUUGAGACUCGCUACCAGAUUGCUUUGGCCAUCAAGGAUGAGGUUGAAGAUCCUGAGAAGGCUGGUAUCACUGUAAUUCAGAUUGAUGAGGCCAUGUUGAUAGAGGGUCUGCGUUUGAGGAAGACCGAGCAUCCUUUCUACUUGAAUUGGGCUGUCCACUCUUUCAGGAUAACCAAUGUUGGGGUUCAAGGCACAACUCUGAUUUUCACACUCACAUGUGCUACUCUCACUUCAACGACAUUAUCCACUCGAUUAUCAACAUGGAUGCUGAUGUGA